GAGAGACGCCUCCUGGCGGGAACUGGCGGCUGUGGACCUCGGCAAGUGCAGAGGGGAAGAGAGGAGCUGGGCGGGGAGCGAGGAGGUGGGUUGGCGGCUGGCGGGACUGUCUCUUUAAGGUGCCGGAGACUCGCGGUCGCUGCGCGGAGGGGACGGCGGGAGGCGCGGCCUGGCCUCGCACUCACAGUCGCCGCUGCGCUCCCCGGGCUCGGUGGACCCCGCGGAGAUCUAGGGGCAGGCGACCUCGCCGGGCCGCGGCGCAUGCUUCCUGAGAGUUACUGAUCAUCUUCUUUGAAGAAACAUGAAGUCACCCUAUGUGGCUGUGCUUACUCUAGCCAUCCUGAUGUUCCUAACAUGGCUUCCGGCAUCAUUGAGCUGUAACAAAGCACUCUGUGCUAGUGAUGUGAGCAAAUGCCUCAUUCAGGAGCUCUGCCAGUGCCGGCCAGGUGAAGGCAAUUGCUCCUGCUGUAAGGAGUGCAUGCUGUGUCUUGGGGCCCUUUGGGACGAGUGCUGCGACUGUGUUGGUAUGUGUAAUCCUCGAAAUUAUAGUGACACACCUCCAACUUCAAAGAGCACAGUGGAGGAGCUGCAUGAACCGAUCCCUUCUCUCUUCCGGGCACUCACAGAAGGAGAUACUCAGUUGAAUUGGAACAUUGUUUCUUUCCCUGUUGCAGAAGAACUUUCACAUCAUGAGAAUUUGGUUUCAUUUUUAGAAACUGUGAACCAGCCACACCAACAGAAUGUGUCUGUUCCCAGCAAUAAUGUUCACGCGCCUUAUUCCAGUGACAAAGAACACAUGUGUACUGUGGUUUAUUUUGAUGACUGCAUGUCCAUACAUCAGUGUAAAAUAUCCUGCGAGUCCAUGGGAGCAUCCAAAUAUCGCUGGUUUCAUAAUGCCUGCUGUGAGUGCAUUGGUCCAGAAUGUAUUGACUAUGGUAGUAAAACUGUCAAAUGUAUGAACUGCAUGUUUUAAAGAACAAAGAGAAAUGCAAACCAAAGCAACUUAGUAAAAUAAAAGGUAUAAAGUUAUUCAGUAAGUCUGUUGUUUGCAUUAGAAUACCAGUAAGUUAAGAUAUAAAAACUUUGAAAUAAGUUUAUUUUGAAAUAUGACAUAGCCAGUGAUGUGUUUAAUUAUAUUACUGUUCUUACUGAUUUUAUUGCCCCUAGCAAGAAGCCCUUUCCUUUGAAUACAUGUACAACUUUGGUCACAUGAGAAGCAGGUGCACAGAGAAUUCCUUGAAAGAUCUAGGGUUCUUAACAUGAAGCCUGAUGUGGUUUUCUUGUAGCAUUCCAAAGGUUUUUGCUUUGAAAGUGUUCGCAGAAGUAUGUUGAUGUGAGUUAUGAUUUCUUCAUGUGCUACUCUUAGGAUACUGAAUUUUUAUAGUUGCACUUCAUUCCUCACUGUUCCUUGUAUUAUCGGUUUUUAUAUAAAUAGAGUAGAUAUUCGAUAUACCACUCUGAUAACUCACAUAAAAAACUCAAUUUCAGCCCUUUUAUGUUGAUUUUAAAAGGUAAAUGCUUGCCAUAUUUUAUAAUUACAAACUCUUACAUAGUAGAAUCCUUUCGAUAAUAGAUGCAAUGACAAAGCUUUAAGGAAAGUUUCCCAUUCUCUUCCAUUUCCCCUGCCCAAAGUGCUAACAUAGGCAGUGAUGAAGAAUUUUUACCAAGAUUUUUAGGGUACACCUAUGAAAUUGCAUUAAAUGCACUACUAAGGUAAAUAAUUAGCAAGCAAAAGCAUUUCUGUGACUUAAGGUACCAGCUUAAAGAGCACUAGGUUAGGGAACAAAUGCCAAAUCAGACUCCACUUAGAGCACCGGGAAAUAGCUUGUAUCCUGGUAGGGAAAUGGUAUAGCUGAAUCGGGAGGCUGAGCCGGAAGCAAGAUUAAGCUUGUGCAGCCUUAGCCAAGACAGAGCAGGGUUUUCCAGCAGAUGAGUGGUGGGACAGGAACUGAAGAGAAUUUAGUGGUAUGAACAGGACAGGUUGAAAAUGCUGGGAAUUAUAAUAGGAAACAAACUUAAAACUAUCUACAUUCAUAUUUUGUAAUCUUUCAUUUGUUUAGUUUAUAUCUGGAUGUAAUGUUCUCUUUAAACAAGUAUAAUCACAUUGUGGGAGGUAAGAUUAUGAAAUUUUGAAAUCUCUGUUCAAGAUGAUGUUCACUCCAAAUACACUACAGAAUAUUUAGUCAACAUUUUAUAUAAUGUUUCAAUAAAUGCUUUGAUAAAGAAACUAGGUACCCUUCAUAGUAAUAAAAUCUCAGUCUUUAAGCAUAAAUCUAAAACAUAAAUAUUUAUAUUACAGACUUCAUUUUACAAAAUUACUAAUUUCUCUAGUGCAUAUUUAAACUACAAGCAACUUUUUAGGAAUAUCUCUUUAUACAUCUACAUAUUUUAGUAUAUAAAAAUAGAUAAUGCUCUUGGUUACAUUUUAUAUUGCUCAUGAUCUGAAUAGCAAUCAGUUAAAAGAUCAUUGUAAUAUUAUGAUCAACUAUUAUAAAUUAAAGUCUUAAUACCUUUUCUGCUCUUUCAGAUAACUAAUGAAUAUUCAAGAUACUUUAGCCUUCUAAAAAGUUGAGGUUUAGCUAAUGGAUAUAUUUUUCGGUAGGAAAACAUUAGGGUCUCCUUUUCUUCCUUUUGCCUAGAAUGCUUUGUUUAAAAGUGCCUUGAAAACAUUUAGCUCCCCUUCGUCACAAGCACCUGUAGAGCUGAAGGUGUCCUUGAACUUUAUAGACAGAAAGCUGAAAGAAAUCUGCAGCCUCCUGCUGCAAUUCAACUCUGCUGUUUUUCAGUCAUUUCCUACCUGUGAGUAAAGUAGUGUUUUUAUGUGUGUUGGCAACAUGCCUAAUGUUUUCACAAUGAUGACAACAAAUAUUUAAAAACUGCAUUUAUCAUUUUUUAAGGUCCUCAUUAUUAAAUUUUAAAAUGUAAUAUCUGUUUCCUACCUCCUACGUUCAGAGGAUAAUUUCAUAAACCACAUUAAUUGAUUUUUCUUACCUCGAUUUCUCUCAUUAGAAACUUGUCUCUGAAUGUAAUGAUAUUUUGCAUUCAAAUUUGGCUUGAUUUUUCUGAUUUAUGAGGAGUUGAAAGAAAGAAUUCGCUUAAAAUAUUCCAUGUCCAGUUUAAUAAUGUAUUUCAGUUAUAAAUAACAAUAUUUUUCCAAAUCGAAAGUAAACAUUGAAGAAGUUGAUAGCCUGACUAAAAGUUAGAUUCUCUAUUACAAUUCUAAGCACAUUCACUUCUAUAUUGAAGUUUUGGUAAAAAUUCUUUUUUUCUUUUUUAAUAAAAAAUUAGAUUAUUACUGGCUGGGCACAGUGGCUCACGCCUGUAAUCCCAGCACUUUGGGAGGCUGAGACGGGCAGAUCACCUGAUGUCAGAAGUUCAAGAUGAGCCUGGCCAACAUGGAGAAACCCCAUCUCUACUUAAAAUAAAAAAUUAGCCGGGCAUGGUGGCACAUGCCUGUAAUCCCAGCUAUUUGGGAGGCCGAGGCAAGAAAAUUGCUUAAACACAGGAGGUGGAGGUUGCAGUGAGCUGAGAUCAUGCCAUUGCACUCUAGCCUGGGCAACAAGAGCAAAACUCCAUCUCAAAAAUAAAUAAAUAAAUAAAUAAAAAUUAGGUUAUUACUUUUUUUAUAACCAUAUUUUAAAAGCACUAGAUUUUAGAUCAGUGGGUAUCAUAAAAGCCAUAAAUGAAAGAUCCUUUCUUAUUGUAAGACAUGUGCUUGUUAGCAGGUUUUCUGUUAGUUUUUCCCCUCAUAACAUUUCAUUAUUUCUAAAACUAUUUACAAUAAUGGCACCAAAUCAAAUGAUAAUUUAAAUAAAAUCUAUUCUCUGUUUACCUAGGGUGGUAUAAAAGAGAGAUCUUCAUCUAGAUAUGUGAUUUCUAAAAUUUCAGAAAGGAAAAUUGGCAAGAUACUAGAAUAUUUGAACAAUUAUUUAUAAUCAGGGUUGCAUAAAAAUGGAGAAAAUAAACUAAAAGUUUUCUGAAAAAAAGUGGUAAAUAUAAGCCACAUUUCUAAAGUUUAUUUUUAUGAAAGCUUCUUUUAAGAUUUUUUGAAAUCUAUUCUGCAUUCCCAAGAGUUUAUGUUUAUUAUAUUUUAUAUGAUUUACAACAUAUAAAAUUGUGUAUUUUUCUUUGAUUGUCCCUAUAAACAAAAAGUAUUUUAAUAAAAAAUUGAAAUGAG